AUGUGGGACCGAGUCUGGCGACGACUCCGUGGCCGGGUGGGUGUCCCUGGGGUUGUGUACAGCGACGAGAUGGACGCGGCAUCGCAGUUGCGGGAUCAACGGGAGGCGUCCACAUGGCGUGGCAACCUGAGAAAUGUGCGUGUUGAAACCGCGCCAGCGCUGCUGCUCCGCACAAGUGGCGGUGACCAGGUGCUUCCAGGGCCGGAAGAAGACCCGUACACUUUUUGGGAGCGCAUUGGCUUCGUGCCGGUGCAUCCCUCCCGCGUUCGGCCGCGGCAGUACUACCAUCCCAUCACAGACUUUGGCCUCUACGACUACGAUGAGGUGUCGCCGGAGGAGAAGGAGCUGACAGCCGCAUGGAUGGCAAAAGUAUUAGAGUUCAAUGGUGCCGUGCCGCUUGGUAUUUUGUGCGCCGCAGGCUGCAUUGUGUUGCCCCUGCACACAGUGUAUCGUAUGCCGUUGCUUGUUGCAGCAGGAGCGACGGGAGUGAUGGUUGAAAUUACCCGUUCUUAUAUGUCUGCCGCAAGGGAGCGGCAGGAUCUGGAUGACUUUAUUCUUGCAAAAGAGAUAUGGUAUAUUAAGAAUGUGGAGGCCUACCAGCUCGGCAUUCCUUUUAUUCCAAAAGGACGCGAGGCGGAGUAUCAUUCCUACAUGGACGGUACUGUUUCCUCGUCGCAGGUGCUUCCAGAUGAAUUAAUCGAUGCUCUUCACUGA